AUGUCAUCCGAUUUAGAUCGACAAAUCGAACAAUUAAAGAGAUGUGAGAUCAUCAAGGAAUCUGAGGUUAGAGCACUUUGUGCAAAGGCACGUGAAAUCUUAUUGGAAGAAGGAAAUGUUCAAAGAGUAGAUUCCCCUGUUACUAUUUGUGGUGAUAUUCAUGGUCAAUUCUAUGAUUUGAAAGAGUUGUUCAAGGUUGGAGGUGAUUGCCCUCAGACCAACUAUUUGUUUAUGGGUGACUUUGUCGACAGAGGAUUUUACAGUGUAGAGACAUUCCUUUUGUUGUUGGCACUCAAAGUAAGAUAUCCAGAUAGAAUCACUUUGAUUAGAGGCAAUCAUGAGUCAAGACAGAUCACACAGGUGUACGGAUUCUAUGAGGAGUGCGUAAGAAAAUACGGUUCAGUCACCGUUUGGCGAUAUUGUACAGAGAUUUUCGAUUAUCUAUCACUCUCUGCUUUGGUAGAUGGAAAGAUAUUUUGUGUACACGGUGGUCUUUCACCAUCAAUUAAUACUUUAGAUCAAAUUAGAGCUAUCGAUAGAAAACAAGAGGUACCACACGAAGGUCCAAUGUGUGAUCUGAUGUGGUCCGAUCCAGAGGAUAUUCCAGGUUGGAACAGCAGUCCACGUGGUGCUGGUUAUUUGUUUGGUGAAGAUAUCGUUCAGAAAUUCAAUCAUGAUAAUAAUUUAGAGUUUAUAUGUAGAGCACAUCAGCUAGUAAUGGAAGGUUAUAAAUAUAUGUUUAAUGAAACUCUGGUCACCGUUUGGUCUGCUCCAAACUAUUGUUAUAGAUGCAUGUUUGUUAGAGAAUUAUAA